AUGGUCUGCAAUAAAUGUGAAAAGAAAUUGUCAAAAGUAAUCUGCCCUGAUAAAUGGAAAGAUGGAUCAAGAAACACAGCAGUUGGGACCGAUAGAAAAUUACACGAAAACAAGCUAUUAAGUAAACCUGGAAAGAGCCGUUUUAAGCCUUAUGAGAACAAAUGUAAGAUUUGCAAAUCUCGGGUACAUCAAGAACAUGCACAUUAUUGUCAAGGAUGUGCUUAUAAGCAGGGAAUUUGUGCUAUGUGUGGUAAACAAAUUCUUGAUACUUCAAUAGAUUUAAUAGAGGAAAGUUUAGACUUCGAUAGUUCGGAAUGCCUUAAUAGUGAUGAAGAAAUAGGAAAAAACGAGUGA